AUGCUGGGAAAGAGGACAGCACUGUUCGUGGCGAUUCUGGCAAUCGUACUGCCUGUUAUUGCCCGUGUCGCAUCAUCACCGCUCGCGCUCGCUCUCUUGCUUCCUGCCCUCCUCAUUCUCAGCAUCGUCGGAUUCUUUGUGCUCAAUGUUCUACUGGGGUAUGCAUUAGAUGCAUCAAGGCCAGCGACUCCCAGCAUUAUCCCGCAUGCAGCGAGACCGUUGGCUUUUUCCACACCUGCUGCAUGGCAGGCCGUCUUGACACGCUCUCAAUGGUCAUACAAGACUCCGCAGUCCCUCCCUCCGCUAUGCCCCGAGUACCCAAUUCUAUCCUCUGCAUUGAACGACAUCUUGAUCAUGAUUGUGCGGGACUUCGUGCUGGUGUGGUACAGGGAGAUCUCCUCAUCUCCGUCAUUCCCGACCGCAGUGUCGUCGAUCAUGCAUGAUUCUGUGGAGCAGCUCCUGGCCAGAGUCAUGACGUUGGACAUCUCCGCCCUUAUUGUGAAGCGAAUUGUGCCCAAGGUCACCGCACAUAUCGAGCAGUUUCGGCUGUCGGAGAUGGCUUUACGGGGAGCAGGUUUGGAACGCAGGCUGACUCAAUCGGAAGAACUCGAUCUCUUACUGGCGAGUCGGUAUGCGGGAAGAGGAGGUGGGAAGCUACACCGCGCAGUAGACAAUCUGUCUUCGACGUUCACGCGGCAAACGGAAGAGAAGCAUCUAAAAGAGCUCAUAGACAAUGCAUUGCCUUCCAUUCUACCCCCGAGGGAGUCCAAUAGUCAAGCUGUACGAAUAGUGGUCAGAGAAAUCGUAGCUUGUUCAGUCUUGUACCCCAUCAUGGACAUGCUCUCUGAUCCCGACUUUUGGAACCGGUUGAUCGAUUCGGUGGCGGGAGCAGCUAUACGUCAACAGAAACUGGUAUCCAAAGUGCGGAACGUCUUGGAAGCGCAACUGCCUCGCCCUCGCCAUGUCCGAGUUGCUGAGCCAAGUUCAGUGGCAGAAACCAUCACCAUCCAAACUGAUGCUCGUCAAUUUGAGUCCUUCCUAAGAAGUAUCAAUCGAUGUUCAUCGCUUUUGGACGCGAGACGGCUCAAGAAUGAUAUCAUGAGCGAAAUCAGACGAAACCGGACAUUGCUCGCGAACCAUGAGAAGGAUGAUUGGAUUGACGGAAAGAAGACCGAAGAUAUUGUCGCCUUCCUGGAUCGACUUUACACUGCUAAGCGCAGAGUUGAGAGGCGCAUUGUCAUCCUGGGCGGAGAAGCCGAGCCGCGACAGCCUACGUCACAGGAUACGGAGACAGCAUCCAAGCUAUCUCUACGUGACAUCUUGACGAACCCCAGUUCAUUAUCAUACUUCAUGGAGUUCAUGGACCGUCGUCAACGUAGCCUGCUCGUGCAAUUCUGGCUCACAGUUGAGAGUUUCAAGAACCCUCUCGAGUCCGUGGAUUCAGGCAGUUCUGACGAAGAGGAUGAGCCUGUGCUGGAUCCUACUCAUUCUGCCACAUUGAAAGAGGACAUCUCAAUGAUGAAAGACUUGUAUUUCUCUGGCUCUGCUGCAGAUCCAGUCCUGGAAUGCAUCUCGGCGAAGCAUGUGAAUACAAUUCGAUCCUUCGGUCUGGACGAGGAUGUCCCUGAACCCGUAAUGGAGAGGAAGGUUCGAAGAAGUGUCAUGCUGGCACAAAGACAGGUUGAACGGGAGAUGGAGCAGGAUUUCGAGGAGUUUCAAGAAUCCAAGCUCUGGUUCCGCGUAAUAGAAGACAUUGAUAUUCAGCAAAAUGCAGGUGAUGAAUCAACGUCGCAGCGAACGAGAGUCGAUGCUCGAAAGACAGAUUCACGAUCCUCAACAGAGGUCACGCGAGCAUUAGCUCCUUCAGGGAACGGCCCCAUUCCUGCUAUGCGCUCGAAUUCAUCCCCGUUGCUGAGCGUUGUCUCUUCACCGAAGCAACCACGAGCUGAUAACAACACGCCUAGUACGCCCGGCCCCUUGAUCUCCAGUCCUGUUCCUCGAGCUUCGACAUCCAAUCUGGAGCUUUUUAUGUCUCCGGAUAUAGAUUCUACAUCGCCGUCCUCUUCUCGAGCUCCUCUCUUCGAUGACCCUAACGGCGAGAACAUACAAAAUCUCAGAGAGCAGUCCAGGAGGAUGGAGGCAAUCCAGGCAGCUUUGACGGACAUCAUAGCGCUGGACAGACGGGAAAUCGACGGCUCAUCUGCGAGCAGAAACAGCGCCAUGACAGCUAGCCCGAGCGAAAGUCGAAAACGUACCGGACUGUUCGAAGAUGAACCUGAGGAAGACGAUAGGUUGGAAGAUGACGUGGACUCUACACAAGCGUCAUUCCAACUGGCUGGUCCGGGUGAUCUGCAACUGUCACAUGAGAUCAAUCGCCUAGCGGGCAAGAUUGAUACGCUGCAAUCUCAAAGUUCGAUGCUGGACACACUGAUCAACAAGGCAGAGCUGACUGGUGAUGCGCAGGAGCUGCGAUUGCUGCGCAAGUCACAAUCGUCGCUCAGCAGGGAGCUGCGCGAGCUCAACUUUCAGAAGACACAGUACGAGCAACAGGAGUCAGCUAACCGCCUCCUCUCGGAUCGGACCAAGGUAUCGAUCGUGAACUCUACAGUUGGAGAAGAAGAGGGCAAGUCAGUCGUGCGGUACCUGGUUGAAGUCCAGCAGCUCGCACCCGACGGUUCAUAUACCUCAGGAUGGGUAGUUGCCAGGAGAUACAGCGAAUUCUUUGCAAUGCAUAACAAGCUGCGAGAACGCUACGCUCUUGUACGCAAUCUCGACUUCCCCGGCAAGCGUCUCGUUACUUCGCUUUCUGGGAGCUUUGUCGACUCUAGACGGGUCGCACUCGAGAAAUUUCUUCAGAGCUUGAUUGCUAUUCCGGCUGUGUGCGAGAGCGACGAGCUCCGGAGCUUCUUGUCCCGCGACUCUCCUUUCAUCGUCAGCGAAUCGGUGGAAAAUACAAGUGCCAAAGCUACCAGUACGAGCCCGAGUAAAGGCCUCGUUCGUUCGGUCUACCAAUCCGUUGCCGACAGCAUAGACGAUAUGUUCUUCGGCCCUUCCAUGCUGGACGUCAUAGUGCAGCGUCUCACAAGUCAAGCUGCUGAAUCUGCUGGCAUUGUUGGGAAUGGAGUCCAUGACGAAGAAUUGGUCACUCAGGCUCUGAAGGCUUCAGGCAAGGCACCUUCUGAGGAUACGCUGUUGCAAUUACCAGGUGGUCUGAAGCCUCUACCUGGAGAGACGAGCAGCUCGACAUUCUCAUCUCCCAUUUGCGACUUGGUGCUGUCCAUCUUCGAGCUCAACAAGAAGAACAAUUGGUUACGAAGGCAGGCUAUUGUAAUCAUAUUGCAGCAAGUGUUCGGCGAUACCAUUGAGCGGAAAUUGAGAGAGACGUUCAAUUCCUACGUUGAUGAGCCUCAUCUGAUGUCAUACAUCAACAUGUUCAGAGAGGGUUUGUGGCCUGGUGGCAAGCUCAAGGCUCCAGAGCCACCGCGUACGACUGAGGAGAAAUUGCGUACACGAGACGAAGCAAACCGCAAAUUGUCUGCGUUGAUGCCGGACUUGGUUGCCAACAUGAUAGGGCGCUCAAAUGCGCGGCGCGGUGCACGAAGAAUCUUUGCAGUACUUCAGAAUCGACGCUUAAACCAACACCUCCUGUAUACUAUUGUCGAUGAGAUUUUCGCUGCUCUAUUUCAAGACCAGCCACCACCAUAA